AUGUCUAUGCGCCUCUUCGACACCCGAUGGCCGCCCGCAAACGCCACGCUCAUCUGCAGCUCCGCCUCCUGGGUCACAACGCGUGACUGCUGCCGGGACCGCCUAAGCUACAGCGCGCAGAACGCGACGACGGGCAUGAAGGGCGCAUGUCUCUGGGGCGGCAAUGCGACGCAGUGGGACGCGUGCGUGCAGCGAACUGGCAUCAUCCCCGACCCGAACAACCCCAACCCCGAAGUGCCCGUGAACGGAACCGAUGGGCAGAUCACCCCCGGCCUCGCCGAGUGUACGCCCUACGGCACCUUCUUCGCCGAGAGACAGGCCGGCGCGUCCCAUAACCAAGAGAACAUCACAAUUGUCUACACAUCGGAGAAGGACAAGCACGACCCCUCCAGCGCGCCCCAGGACAAUAGCGUCCUGUUCUCCACCAUUGACGCCGAGAGGGAUGCCAGCCGCACGUGUUGCAACGAGGCGGACGAGUAUUGGCGCCGGUUCGCCGAGUUCACGACUACUUCGUCCGGCGCGUGUAUCUUUCACAAGGACGAGGCCGAGAAAAAGAACAUCUACGAGGAGUACUGGAAGCCAUGCAUCCAGGGGCUCGACGCGUACCCCGCCCAAAUCGAGAAUGUGACGGGUACCUGGAGCGCGGGCUUCGCCAACCGAGCCAGCGCUGGGCUGGUCGUUGCUGCCGCAGCGCUCGCCCUGCUGGCAUAA